AUGAGCAAGUGGAAUGCCAACAGCUACAUCCUGAGUGUUUGUCUCUUGAUCUGCGAGUAUGUGCGCCAGCAGCAGCAGGAUGUCAAGCGAACCGGUUCUGGUGACGACUCGGUGGCUUCUCUGGUCGACGCCUCACCUGUGCAGACUCCAGAUCCCGCUCCAGUGGUAAGCAGACAGUCGCUGAAUGCCCUGGCGCGUUUCUUGACUCUCGAGAUUCAGCAUCCCAAGAUUAUGACGAAUAAGAGGUUUACGGCUCUUCAUAAGUUGUUGCGACGCUUGGAAAUUAAUCUGGACAAUACCAAGGACUUUGAGCAACUAUCGUGGCAGGUUGUGAGUAUUUUGACCACAAUCGAGAGCCCUGACGACGUGUGGAACACAGUGGAACAGAUCUCCGAGUGUGUGGCGCCGUUGCAGAUCUCCCAAGAAGACGGAGAUGAGGACAUGGACGUGGACUCGGCCAGCUCGACCCUCGUCCGCACGAGUCUAUUCGGUGUCUUUGUCCGUGGCUUCUUGCUGGCGUUGAACCGCCUUCUGUUUGACGGUCUGUCGAGGCUUUUUGAUGAUGUACAGCAGUAUCUGGAGGAGUUUCGAGCAGAAUUACAGACGGAAAAGAAGGUGGCAAAAGAAGAAGACGAAGAGGACAUUGCUUUGGAGCUUAUCGGGUCACCUGCGUCGCAGCAUUUAUGGAAGGAAAGUAACAUGGCGGACGACGGGCUACUGUUGUCGCCAAUCCAAUUGGCAAGUGCCACUACUCCAUCGAUUAAUAUGCGUCAGAGCACGAUGAAAACUCGAGUGAGCAUGAACCUCGACUCGCACGUUUUGUCGGAGAAGUCAUUGGAAAAGAAAGCUGUUCGAGUAGAGAAUGACCCGUCGGUCUGGUCGACAGACCAGCUGCAUUAUGUGCUGAGUGACAUGGUGCGUGAGAUGGAGGGAGGACGAAGCUUGCAGCGACAUGGCUUGCAGCAAGAGGACGAUCUGUUGACAACAGAUCAGCGACGCUUGCCUCUCGAAACUAUGAACGGAUCAAACCCCAAUGUGCUUUUUGUUCGGUACUUAUCUUUUCUACGCGAUCGGGACUAUCAGGGCGCCCUCGACAGCUUGCAUCACUACCAUGAUGUGCUUUCCCCACGGCAAGGCCCUUGCUUAAGCGACAACAACGGUGGUGACGGCACUACUUUCGCGCCUGCAGGAGGUGCCAGGUUGCAUUACCGAGGAAGUGGCAUUCAGUACGCGGCAUUGAAUCUGGCAGGGCUCCAGAUUGUGUUUGAUCAUCACGCUGCAGCAGCAGAAAGUAUACAAGAAGCAAUCCGGGUUGCUCAGCAUCACGGAGAUCACAUCUGUGUGGCAUUUGCGCUCGCAUGGAUGAUCCGAAUCAAGCAGAGAGCCGGGACAUCAAAAGGUGAAGUACUGCAGCUUGUUGGCAGCUGUUUGGAUCGUGCCAAAGAGUUGCGUCUUCCUACUCUCCAUAUUCUGGCGACGCUAGCGGAGGUGGAGAGCGAUUUGAUGCGCUGCGGCUCAGCUAGCAGACCUGAGAUAGUCGGAUCAGCGUCGCAGUUUGUCCCACACAUUUUUGCUGCCCAUGCGCCGUCACCUCGACCGCUGCACAUAUGGUCACGCUUGCGCAAAACAUUGCAAUCGAUAGCGACGGUAGCGACACCGCCUACUAGCUUAUUACCAAAAAACGGCCCGCGAGCAAUAAAUGCGCUGCAAAUGCCAAAUGGUACAGGAUCUCAUUUCCGUGACCAACGAAGCGGCAAUGGUAUGUGCUGGGUCAAGUCUGCCGAGGCCGUUCUUGACACUGUUUGGAAUCUGAGUGGAAAAGUGACGCUGGUAACCGCGACUGGGUGGGGUAUGUUUGGUCAUCGCUCUUUGGAGAAAGUAUUUAGCCGCAUGCAUUCAUUGUACUACGGAGACUCAGCUGGCACCGAUGUAAUUGCGCUACUGGUGAGUAAGAUGGCGAUAUCUGACCUCGCACAUACUGAAAAGGGUGUGAUUGUGUACGUGCGGGCACUUGAGUUCCUCAUGAGUGUUGCUGCAGACGAGAAUGGCGGUGGGGAUAAACGACACUUGCUGAAGAAUGCGACGUAUCAGAGAGCACUGCAUCAUCUAUUGUUCUUGUGGGCGCUUGACAGAAGUGAAUUUGCGCGCGCGGAUGUUCAUUUGAGUGCGAUGCUCGCGUUGUCUCCUCCAGGUAAAGAUUUCCCUGCUUAUCUGGAGGCGACUAUGUUCCAAGCAAAUUUGUUGACUGCGCUUGGUGACUAUACUCGAAGCCUGGAACUGCUAGAGAGCCUAGAGGUGACGUGCAGUGAACAAGGUAUCGCCUAUCUGUAUGCCCAGGUUUUAAUGGCUAUCAGUCGAACCCGCGUACGAGCUGCAGCGCCUCAUGCACCAUUUGCGCCACUGAAUGUGCUGCUCAAGAGCAUAGAUGUUUGCCGGAGCCACCAUUUUGAUCUUUUAUUAGCGGAAGCCCACGUUAUAAUGGCCGAAAUGUACAUCGCGAUGGGAAAACUACAAGAUGCGUAUUCUUUGAUGAAUGAUCAGAUGCCUCUUGUGAUGGAGAAUGGCAGCGUCAGUCUACGUGGCGAGUGCUUACUCGUACUAGCAAAGACAAUGGUUGCAAGCAUUAAGCAAUCCGAGAAGUGUGCAGAUGCGCUCGAUUCUGCUGCGAAUGAAGCCAUUGAAACGCUUACUGCAAGCUCAGAACUGUUUUCGCAAGUGCAAAACGUGCGGCGACUGAAGGAAGUAUGCUAUAUGCAAUCGUUAGUCUAUCAUCACAUGGCGCUUCAAGCGAAACGACGGGGCAGCGAUGCGACCGCAUUCUGCACAAGUCGAGAGAGCGCAGCUGCUGCCUUUUUGAAGUUCAGUUCCCAGCUAGAUCGAGCCGCUGUUUUUACCAUCGAGCCGUUUUUCGACCUGCAAAGUGUUGCUACUAUUCGGCAAGUGGUCGCCCAUCGUUCGGCUGAGCUCUAG